UCAUUCUCAUUAGGCAAUCCGCGUACAACAAAAACCCUGAAGCAACUCCGGAGCAUUUCUCCCUUCCUCUUUUCAAAAUGUCCACCUUGAAAGAGAUCCUAACCCGCCGCCCGGUCGCCGCGACGAUCCGGCUCACGGUACCGGCCGGGGCGGCCCGCCCGGCUCCUCCGGUUGGGCCGGCCCUAGGCCAGUACCGGCUCAACCUCAUGGCGUUCUGCAAAGACUUCAACGCCCGGACCCAAAAAUACAAGCCGGAAACCCCAAUGUCCGUCACCAUCACCGCCUUCAAAGACAACACCUUCGAAUUCACCGUCAAAUCCCCAUCGGUCACGUGGUACCUGAAGAAGGCGGCUGGGAUCGAGUCGGGCAGCAGCCGGCCCGGCCACACCGUCGCUUCCACAAUCACACUCAAGCAUGUGUACGAGAUCGCCAAGGUGAAGCAGUCCGAUCCUUAUUGCCAGUACAUGCCGCUGGAGUCCAUCUGCAAGUCAGUGAUUGGGACUGCGAACGCGAUGGGGAUUAAGGUCCAGAAGGAGCUGGAUUGAUGGUGGGGAUUGAUUGAUGAACAGUGAUGUCGAUUUCAAGGUUUUGAGCAGAAUGAUUUUUGUUUCUUUUCUGUAAUUUUAGCCAACGAUGAGUAAUUCUAAGUUUAUGAUUUGAUAGUGUCUUUUAAUACUAAUUUUUAGUUUACUGUUCUAA